GUUUUGCAUCGCGCCGACGAUAAUGGCCUCGCCUGUGCUACGGUCGUCUGACCUUGUCGCCGCUGUGACCGCGUACCAAGAUGGUCUGCCCAAAGCUCUCAUGGAUGUCCAGCGCCUCGCCGACGCCGUCGAGCUCACGCCUUGUUUGAUGUCGUUCCUUGUUGACGCGACAGCGUACCUCGCCAACGUCCCGGCGCGGUUCGCAUCAUUGCCCUACCUUCAGCGGUACCCGCACCCAAGCACCAAGCUGCCGCACCACGCGCUCUUUGUGUCGCCGUGCAUGUACGACCGGGCGCUCGGUCUCCAUUGUCUCGUCGUCGAAGGCAACGUGGCGCUUGUCAUGCGCUGGCUGCGCUUCGAUCCCUCGCUGUGCACGUCGGCCACGCUCGAGCUGGCCGCGGCCGCGUCCCAAGGUCCGUUGUUGCGUCUGCUCUUCACGCAGUUUCCGACGCUGGCCACGCCCAAGAUGAUGGACCUCGUGGCCAUGUCGGGCGAUGGUCCACUGCUUACGUGGCUGCAUGAAGCGGGUGCUACGUGCACAGUAUUUGCAAUGGACGGCGCAGCGAUGAACGGUCACGAGGAGGUCGUUGAAUUUUUGCACUCGCACCGCACCGAGGGCGGCUCGAUCGUCGCGGCUACGGCGGCCGUCGUGCAUGGCCACGCGCGCAUCGUGCGGUACCUUCUCGCAGAGCGCACUGAAGGAAUCGAUAUGUCGCUCGACUUUGACGUGCCGCAUCGCCACCACUUGACGCAUCGCAUCAAAGGAACGACGCACCUCGAGGCCGUCGACGUCGCCACCGAGAGCGCUGGUCCGUUGACGAUCGCGGCGUUCGUUACCAUGGUGGACACAAUGGGCCUUGCUGCGCUGGAGCAUUUUCAAGCGCGCGGGUUCGUACAGCAGACACCGCAUGCGUUGCUGCAGCUGGCCGUCGCCAAGCAAGACCACGCAAUGCUGCGUCAUGUCCUUCAGUGUGUAUCGCAAGAGCAUGCGCGAGGCCCCAGCGACCACGACGAGUGGCUCCCGCCAGACGCACCGCUCCAAAUGCGCCGGAUUCGACAUGACGACCCCCGUCCUCGUUGGGGCGGUCGGUGGGUCGACUCGAAUGUGAUGGAACUCGCGGCGUUCAACGGUGAUAUGACCUCGCUGAAGCUCUUGCACGAGAGCCGGCUCCGCGUCGGGUCGGAUCGCGCCAUCGUCUACGCGGCGUACCGCGGGCAUCUUGGCGUGCUGGAUUGGCUGCACACGCACCGGCGGGAUGGCUGCGGCAAAGACGCCAUGGCGCUUGCCGCUGUUGCCGGGCAUUUGGACGUUGUGCGCUGGCUCCAUGAAGUCGUUGGUCGGUGCCGGACCCAAGCCGCACUCGCUACAGCAGCGUACGUGGGAGAUACCGCCAUGGUGACGUACCUACUGGAUGUUCCCACGAGCGAUGCCGACGACCCGGUCGACGAGCCUUCCCGGACCUCAGCGGCGCUGCCACGGGUUGACGGCCGCAGGAACGCGUCCGUGGGUUACGUCACGGGGCCGGCGGCGCACUGGGCGGCCAGUCAAGGCCACCUCGAGAUCCUUGAGCUCCUUGUCGCUCGCGGUCACACGGUGCCACCCCAAGCGAUCGACGACGCCGUGGCCAACGGUCAUAUUCACGUCGUGCGCCACCUCCGCGAACGCUACGGGUCCUCGUGCAAGCACCGCCCGAUCUUGGAUGCGGUUUGGAACUGCAGCAUCGACACCGUCACGUACGUGCUCGUGACUCGUUGCUGGUCACUUGACGCCUUUGCGUCCGCCCAUAACGACGACGCCGAUGGCAUUUACCUGCAUAUGCUGCUCGUGACAACUGCUCGAAGCGGCCGCGUCGACCUCUUGCAGUUGGUGUACGAUGCAUUCGCCGACGAUCUGCGCACGCGGCUGCCGGCGCGCGUGUCGGAGCGCAUGAUGAUCCGCGCGGCGUCACACGGGCAUCUCGACAUGCUUCGGCAUCUGCACGACGUCCUUAACGUUGGCUGGACGUCGGUCGUUGAGGAGGCUGCGCUGCGCCAUGGCCGCAAGAAGGUUCCGCCUUUCUUGCGAUCGCUCGGACCCGCGGUUGCAACCGUGUACGACGACGACGCAACCCAUUUGUGGCACGAAGACGCGGAUUUGAGGAUGACCAUGAUCCUGAUCGACGGGCACUGGCGUAUCAAGCCCCUGUAGUAGUCCAAAUGGGCUAGACGCGCCGCAUCAAACUAAAAAAAUAUCAACAUGUAUGUAUCAAUAUAUCGAAGUCG